AUGUCUGAGAUUCUCCCCUACAGCGAGGACAAGAUGGGGCAUUACGGCUCUGACACCGAGGUGGGGCAGAUCUCCUUCAGCUGCCGUCUCCAGGACACCAGCGCCUUCUUCGGGGGCAACCAGCAGAAGAGACCCCCCAAACUGGGGCAGAUUGGAAGAGCCAAGAGAGUUGUUAUUGAAGAUGACAGAAUAGACGAGGUGCUGAAGGGGGUGUCGGACAAGUCUCCCUCCGGAGUAUAA